AUGUCCUUCCCCAUCAAACCAUUGGUGGAAGGGUGUCUGGUGAUUCGUGGCGACAAGGAGGAGCGCGCUGUUCUCUGCAGCGGAGACAAAACUUACGACUUAAAGAUCGCAGACACUUCCAACCUGCUCCUGUUUGUUCCUGAGGGCCAGAGUCCAGAGCAGCUGGCAGAGGGGCCGGCCUGCCCUCGUGUGGCUCAUGCUCAGAUCUGGGGAUUUUGCAACAGCUACUGGGAGCUGCGCAAACAGAGGCCGAAACUGAAGAAACUCAAGAAGCUUUUGUUGGAGAAUGUUUAUGAAGGACCAGCGCUGAGAGGAGAAGAAGAGAACACAGAGAACAGGUACACAAUGAGUGACCUUCUGGAGCGGAUCCAGGCGUCUGAGUCCGAGUUGGAGGAUGGUCUGCGGAGCCUCCACGCCUGUCAAAUUCACGGGUUCUGGCGUCUGCUGGACUUUGAUUAUGAGAUGAAGCUCUUGGGUCACGUGACGCAGCUGGUGGACUCUGAAUCCUGGUCGUUUAAUAAAGUUCCUCUUCAAAACUGUCUGGACGAGUUAUCGGCGCUGGAGCCAAAGGAGAUGAUAGAACACUGUCUGAACUGUUACGGUCGGCGGUUUGUCGAAGACGGACUCGUGCUGUUCUCUCUGGACCAGGACUCCGUGUGCCGCGCCCUCGCUCUGCUGCUGCUGCAGAACGCUGUCAAGUUCAACCUGUCGGAGUUUCAGGAAGUCUGGCAGCAGAGCGUUCCAGACGGGAUGAGCACGAGUCUCAGCCAGCUGCAGGGUUUGGCGCUGGUGGACCGUGGAUCUCGGCCUCAGACCAUCGCUCUACUGCGUGUGGAGGAUCUGCCCGAAGACACGCAGGAAAGAUUCAACCAGCUCUUCACUCUGAGGGAGAAGUGGACCGAAGACGACAUCACCCCCUACAUCAAAGACCUGUGUGGAGAGAAGCAGACGACCGGAGCUCUUCUCACCAAAUACGCUCGGUCUUCGACUCAGAACGGACUCAAAGUGUUCAACUCCAGAAGACCUGUCGCUACUUAG